GCACGAUGUGGUGGAUACUGGCGGCUGUGGCAGCCCUGACUUUGGGCUAUUGGUUUUUGGUCCGUCCGCACAAGUAUUGGACAGAAAAAGGGGUCAAACAAGGAAGCUCUUUAUAUAUUUUUGGGGAUAGUUGGGGCCAAACACUGGGAAAACAGUCAUUUCCGGAACUGGUUGAGAUGUUUUACAACAUGUUUCCAAACACUAGAUACUCCGGGUUCUACCAAGCCUUCCUACCAACGCUACUUGUAAAAGAUCCCGACCUGAUUAAACAGAUUACCGUCAAAGACUUUGACCAUUUCGUCGACCACCAGCGUUUUGUUCCAGAAGAUAGUGACCCUCUGUGGAGUAACAAUCUAUUCGCUUUGAAUGGCAAGAGAUGGCGCGAAAUGCGAGCCACACUCAGUCCAGCUUUCACCAGCAGCAAAAUGAAAUACAUGUUCUCUUUAAUCUCGCAAAGCGGCGAACAAUUCGUGAACUACUUUUUGAAAAAGAACGAAGAUGUCAUUACCGUUGAAAUGAAAGACACUUUCACAAGAUUCGCUAACGACGUCAUCGCCAAUACUGCCUUUGGUGUCGAAUGCGACUCUUUGGUUGACCGCGAAAACGAGUUUUAUUUGAUGGGGAAAGAAGCCACAGAUUUUGGCAACUUCUGGAAAAUUUUGAAAUUCGUUCUAUACGCUGUAACACCUAAAUUGGCGGAUAUAUUCAGGGUGAGGUUUUUUUCCAAAGAAGUCAGCGACUUUUUCACCAAUGUAGUCACAACUAAUAUCCGAAGUCGCGAAAAACAUGGUGUGGUAAGACCCGACAUGAUCCAUCUUCUCCUCGAAGCCCGAAAAAAUGGGCUCAAACACGAAGACUCUCACUCGAUACAAGACACAGGUUUUGCUACAGUCGAAGAACACGAUUUUACCAAAAAUGCCAAGAAAAUCGAGCGUGAAAUAACAGACCAAGACAUCGCCUCACAAGCGUUGAUUUUCUUCUUCGCGGGUUUUGACACAGUUUCGUCUUUAAUGAGCUUGAUGUCGUACGAGCUUGCUAUAAACCCAGACGUCCAAGACAAACUCUUGCAAGAAGUCGAUGACACUUUUGAAGCCUGUGGGGGUAAAAUCACUUAUGAGGGUCUUCUUGGAAUGAAAUACAUGGACAUGGUUGUAUCCGAGUCGUUACGAAAAUGGCCGAAUGCUGUUGCUACUGACAGGAUGUGUACUAAACCUUACACUAUUCAACCUAAACAUCCAGACGAAAAACCUGUACACAUCGAAAAGGAGAACUGCAUCUGGGUACCCGUUUUUGCUAUUCAUCGGGACCCUAAAUAUUAUCCGGAACCAGAGCGGUUUGAUCCUGAAAGAUUUAGCGAUGAAAAUAAGGCUAACAUUAAACCCUACACGUACUUGCCUUUUGGUAUUGGACCCAGGAAUUGCAUCGGGUCUAGGUUUGCCCUACUGGAGACAAAAAUUUUGUUCUUUUAUAUUUUGUCGCAUUUCCGGAUUGUUACUGUAGAGAAGACUCCGAUUCCUUUGGUUUUGUGCAAAAAGCAGUUUAAUUUGAAUGCCAAGGACGGGUACUGGUUAGGGCUAAAACGCCGUAAUCUACGAACCAAAUAAAAAUUUUUGCCCAGAUUAUGUUAACCUUGUGACAUGUUGAUCCCUUUUUAAAAUAUUUAGAAGCAUUAGUAAAAAAUGUAUGUAGGUAAAUAAAUGAACUAAAAGACA